AUGCGCCGAGCAGCCAGCGCCGCCCCGCCGCCCGGCCCCAUGGGGCCGCUGCCCCCCCGCCCCACCGCCACCCCCGCCGGACGGCCCCGCUCGGCCGCUCAGCGCGCUCCGGGCUCCGCGCCUCGCCACUACCGCGGCGCCAGCCCCGCCGGGGUCCCUCUCCCGGCUCCAGGGACCCCGCCUGGGGUCCCCGCCCCGCGGCUCAGUGCGAGUACCUCUCUCUGCUCGGGAUCCCCGCCCCGCGGCUCAGUGCGGAUCCCCCUGCUCGAGGUCUCCGCCCCGCGGCUCCUUCCAGGGGUUCCAGCUCCGCGGUUCAGCGCAUCCUCCUGCGCGGGUCUCUGUCCCGCGGACCCGCUUUGGGUACCGCCUCGCGUCCUCUCGCUUGCGCUCCCGCUCCGCGGCUCAGCGCGCUCCUCUCUUGCCAGGCUCCGCGGCUCAGCGCGUACCCUGCCCGCGGCACACUCGGUUUCGCGCCCGCUCCUUCUGGGUUCGCUCCACGCCCCCGCGAUUCCCGGUGCCUCCCGCCCGGGCUGGCCGCUCCGCUCGCCCCGUGCCCGCCCGGGCUCCCAGCGCGGCGGAGCGGCGCUCCCACCGGGGCUGCCCGCCCGAUCCCCGCCGCCCGGGCCGGCCCGCCCGCCCCCGCAGCCCUGUGAGCAUGCUCUGCCGCCAGGGACGCCCCGUCCGGGCACCGCGGCUGGCCGGGGACGGGACGGCACGGACCGGAACGGAAAGGAAAGGUGCAGCAGGGCCAGCAGCCAUCCCCGCUCGUUCCCUCCCUCCGAGACCGAGUCACCCUGGCAUCGCUCGGUGCCGUCACCGGCUCUGUGCGCGGCACAAGAGCAGAGCGCGGUCCCGCCGCAGGGAGCGGGGAAAUGA